AUGAAAGAUUCUAGUUUAAAUUCUCCUAGAUAAUAAGACUUAGAAUAAUUGGAUCCAAUAUUGACAUCAGGUGCAUUUAGAUUUAAGACGCAUCAUAAUUUGGGAGAGAAAUAAAUUCGAUAAAGAUAAAUAUCUAAAUAGAAUGAUGAUGAUUUUAGAGCAUUUUCUGAAUUAAAUGAAGAUGAUGAAGUAAAAUAAUCUAGUUCGGAUGAAGAUUAGAAUAAAAAUCAUGAAUUAACAUCUAAUAAAUAACCAUGGUAUUUUAAAUCAGCGGUUCCUAUUAUAAGUAGUAAGAAUUCAGAGAAGAAAUGGGAAACUCAUAGUGAAAUAAAAAAACAUCAUAAGAAUAAAUCUUCGUUUGCUUCUAUUUCCUCAGAAUCCAGUUUCAAUAGAAUGGGUAUGAUGACAUUAAAAGAAGAGUUUCAAAACAUCUAUUAAUAGUAAUAAUUAGAUGAAGAUAUCAAAGAAAAAGAUACUGAAAUGAAUGAUAGUGAUGAUAUUCCAUAAUUAAUUUAACAAGAAUCAAUCAUUUAAGAUUCUACUAUUAUUAUAGAUAAAAAAUCAUAAUAAUUAAAUAAAUCAAAAGAUGAAAUUGAUACAAUAUCAGAACCUAUUAAAAGUGAUCUUUAUAAAAAUUUAAAAAUAGCAGGUGUUUUACUGACUACUUGUGGAAUAGCAGGAUGGCUUUAUAGAAAAUAUUUUUGA